CCAAUAAUUAUUUCAGCCCCAACAAAUGGCAAGGCAGCUUUACUGCCAUUUUUUCUGCCAGAAAACAAACCGCCUCAACUUUGUCUUCGAUGAAGGGUGUUUUUUUUUGGCCUGACGCUGCUCAAGCUUUUCCCGCUGACCAAGUCAAAAUAUUGCACUGGUCAACUAUUGUGAACUGCGGUCAACGGGCCACUCCUUCAGAGCUCGGAGCUCUGAGCCCUGGGCCAGCACCUCGAUGGCCGCACAGAGUAAACCGCGCUUGCUGCUGCGGUUGUCGGCAAUUUGUGUUGCAUUGUUUGAAAUUUUCGGCAGCAUUCUACGAGAAGCUGACAGACGGGCUUCCUCCAGCUUUGCGGUGGGUGGUGUUUUUUUCUCUCCGUUUCGAGAUGUUAAAACAAAUGUUGCUUUAAUGCUGCGGUCUGGCCAGUUGACCAGUUGGCCUGACUGACGUUGGACCUCCAAGCCCCUCGGCCUUCAUUUCCGGACAGCAACAAAAGCUAUCCUGGCUAAUGUGAUUGCAGAAUGGCGUGUUUCCGGCUGCAGGCAAGUCACUUCCAAAUUGAUUAAAACAAAGGAUUUUCUAGACAGUCGACAAUCAAGCCUAAUGAAGACACAGAACCAAAUUUGCUAGUUCAUCCUGGUCCGGCCAACUUAGUUUAUCCAUGCGAAUGGGGCAGGCCCCCUUCCACAGGAAAUAAGCUCUGCAAUAAACGCUUCCAGGAUUAAUUGUUUGCAUAAUCAGGCUUUUGCCGAAAGGGGUUUUACUGCCGCCUGGCUGCCAUCUUGGCUGAUUUACGGUGCGUAUACGCAAUAUUUAUGGCACCUUCAAUUAAUUGUGCGUUAGAUUAUUUAAACAUGCUUUACGUAAGGGCCCUUGCGGCCCUCUUGAAUUAUUAGUAGGCAUUAAUUUUUCAGGAGCCUGGCUUAGCAUUAGCAAUAAGUUUCCCUCGUUCUGCACGUGUAUGCCUUUUGGGUUUUGUUAGUUGGUCGAGGUGAGGGUGACACUUUAAGCCCUCAACGUUGAUUGACUGCCGCCCCAUCAACUUAGUUUUGGGUUAGGCAAUUUUCGGGAGCACUCGCAAGCGCACAAAGGGCGAAUCGGAUCGUGGCUGAUGGUAUUGUAUAUACAUAUAUUGUAUGUUCCACAUCCAUUCUGAUGCAACGAUUUAUACGCUCUGCUUGGCAUUUGGUUUAUCAAUCAGCGAACAUUUUCCAUAUAUGCACGCCAUAUGCACACUAUCCAUUAAUCAUGACUCGUUCCCUGCCCUUGGACGCUUUGCAUAUUGAUUUUCUUACGACCAUCCCGAAACGAAACUGUUGUCCCAAAUUAGGGCUCAUUCUUUGGUCCUGCAUAUUCAGUAGUCCCAUCUCGCAUCAUUUAUUUCAAUCGCCGCCAACAAUGCAACCGGCUCGUCCCCAUUUCCCAGUUUUCGACCAUUUAAGCCUCACAUCCCGCCCAACAAUCGCAUUGUUUUACUGGGCUGCGUUCCAUGGGCUGGAGAUAAUUAAAACCGCAAAUAGCGCCAGCAAUGCAUCAGCACGAUGAUCGUUGGCCGCAGAAUAACGCAUAAUGCCAGCGGACUGAGCCAACAAACGAUGACCAGCAUCUAUUAUCCAUUGUCUAGGCCAUCCACCACCGCCAUCCAUAUCCGAUGACCACUCCUCCCCCAAAAAACCACUACUACUGAUAUGUGAGCCGUUGCUGCACACAAUGCACCUUUCUUCCACACAUAUGCCACAUAUCCACAAGGCAUACAAUUUCAAAAUUGUAAUUAUGCGCCACCAGCUGGCAGUUAAUUACACUGUACAAAAUAUUUAAUAUGCAAAAUCAACAUGGCAAACCGCGCAUACGCUCCGUUAAACCGUUUAUUAGUUCUGGAUUUCCAUUUGAUUUCGUUCGGGCAAUAGAUUUCACUGCUUCAAUUAGCAGAAUUAAAAUGUUUACCCGUAGGAUGCCGCAGCCACGGACUCUCUGAAUUUUUCAUUUGUUGCGGACGGCAUUUUAAGCCGGCCAUUUGUGGCAUUCCUCCAUCAGCAACGGAUUUCUCCAGUUAAUUUUGUCAACGUAAGAGGCUUAGCGGUGAUGUGGGCGCGCUUUAAGGGAUCAUUAAUUUAUCGCUGAGGUGACUAGUUGUUGUGCCAAUAAACUGUACCAAACUGUAUUUUAAAUGUAGAAAAUCAUUGGAUUGAAACGAAUCAGCUGUAUCAAAAUAGAUUUUGCUCACUUAAAUUCACUUGGAAUUUCUGUAUAUUAUAUGAGCAGAUAUAUAAAGCCAAUAGGAUGUAUAUCAGACUGUUCUCUUUGGUGAUUCUGUGGUUAUUGAAUUAUACGUAUGCUGAACUACUAAUUCUUGAAACUUGUGCCCAUCGUGAUGUGAUGGUGAAGUGUGUACCAGUUUGUCCCAAGUUGUGCUCGAAUUAUCUUCAGAUUCGCAAGUGCAGUCCAAAAAAAUGCAAACGCGGAUGCGCUUGUAAAAAGGGUUGGUUGCGAGAUAAAAAUGACCACGGCCUUUGUAUUCCCCGAAAUGAUUGCAAGCGAUAUAUCAUAGAAUAAAACAUUUCUAUAAACUGAAA